AUGUGGGAGACAGUGCAGCGCUUCUUCGAUGACAGCAUAAAAAAAAGAGGAGUUGAAAACUGCUACUUUCCUAUGUUUGUUUCACAGGCUAAGCUGGAGCGUGAGAAGGACCACGUGGCUGGUUUCAAGCCUGAGGUGGCUUGGGUGACGCACUACGGCGAAUCCGAGCUGCCGGAGAAGGUGGCUAUCCGCCCCACAAGUGAAACUAUUAUGUACCCAGCAUACGCCAAGUGGAUCCGAUCCCAUAGAGAUCUUCCACUCAAACUCAACCAGUGGAAUAAUGUUGUCAGGUGGGAGUUCAAGCAGCCAACCCCGUUUCUGCGUACAAGAGAGUUUCUAUGGCAAGAAGGCCACACGGCGCAUGCAACUGAAGAAGAGGCAUUCGCUUGCGUCUUAGAUAUACUCGAGCUCUACAGACAAUGGUACGAGGACUACCUGGCUGUGCCAGUGAUAAAAGGGGAGAAGAGUGAAGAGGAGAAGUUUGCUGGGGGAAAGAAAACAACAACCAUAGAAGGAAUAAUACCCGACACAGGCAGAGGCAUACAGGCAGCCACCUCUCAUCUCCUCGGCCAAAAUUUCGCAAAAAUGUUUGGCAUUGAGUUCGAGGACGAGAAGGGGGCGAAGCAGCACGUACACCAGACAAGCUGGGGCUGCACAACGCGCUCCCUGGGUGUGAUGAUUAUGACGCACGGAGACGACAAGGGCCUGGUGCUGCCUCCUCGUAUUGUUGCUGUUCAGGCCGUUAUCAUCCCUAUUCUAUUCAAGGAGAGCGGAUCUGCUGAGAUAGUGGCGAAGUGCCGCGAGCUGGAGAAGACGUUGAUUGCUGCGGGAGUUCGUGUGAAGGUAGAUGACAGAACAAACUACACGCCUGGGUGGAAGUUCAACGACUGGGAGCUGAAGGGGGUCCCCCUGCGUCUAGAGGUUGGUCCGCGAGAUGUAGAGAACAAGCAGACCCGUGUUGUGCGUAGAGACACAUCAGAGGCCCAGAACGUACCGUGGGCCGAGGCGGGAUCGACGAUCCCAGCUAUGCUGGAGACGAUCCAGAAAGAUCUCUUCAACAGAGCCAAAGCUCGCUUCGAUGCCUCCAUAGAAAAAAUUACUACUUUCGAUGAAGUCAUGCCGGCACUCAACAGAAAACAUGUUGUCCUCGCACCCUGGUGCGAAGACCCAGAAACAGAGAAGCAGAUAAAGAAGGAAACACAACGUCUUUCGGAGAUGCAGGUGAUUAUACAUACAUAA